AUGUGUGCACUCUACCUCACGUCAACCACGAGAGGUAAGAGGCCACACCCGUGAGAGGAUAUCGUUGCGAGGACCUGCACAUCCAACACGGUAUGUGAACAUGAGUACACAAUCAUCACUCCCGCACCCUUGCCAUGCUUGGUUGUGUGGUUUUCCAGAGUGCUGUGUCCAUCUACACUCUCACACCAAACCAAGGCACUGUGGCCUACCUAGCGCGGUGGGGGAGGACACAUGCCAUCACCACCUACUCUCUGACUGGGGAGAUCUGUCCGUGUCAUGCUCCAUUCGUGUGUUUUCAGCGCAUCAGUGUUGACGUCAACCCUGUCGAUUGGUGGCCUCUUGAGGAGGACAUGCACUACCAUAUAGACUGGUAUGUGUCCCAGCUACCACUGCUGUAUCGGUUUUGGCGUGUAUUCGCUGCCUCCAUGCUGGUGUAUGCAGACUAACCAACCCGUGUGUCGAGUGCUGUCUGUGGCGUCCCGCGAUGGAGCACAGACCAACCACUUGAUAACUGGUACACACCACACCAGUCAUCGGAUUCCCACCUACCUAACACACUUACUCGUGCACCACACGCACCCUGACUGUCUGCUCAUGUCUCUGUGUUGUGUUGUGGUGUGGUGUGACGUCAGAGGGGUGUCGUGUCACUUGAGUUGGGCCAACCCCCACGUGGGCUGCGUGUGGCCCCCUGCUCACAUAGGGUACGUCAUACAUGCACACCUCACCCAUCACACACACACAUAUCGGGGUACAUGGGUGUGGACGGUUGGUUUGGUUGUGUGUGUGGUGUGCGGUGUGUGGUGUGGAUGUGUGGUGUGGUGCGCAGGCGUAUCUGUUUGGUUUUGUACGGACCAUACGUGUGGUGCGAUCGUUACCGUCAACAACAUCUAACCCCAACGUUCUCUCGUCAUCCCUCUCCCAUCACCGGCACUCUCACCAACACACCAGACGCGGAAACGCAACGUGA